UUUAAAAAUUUAAAUACAAAAAUGAAAACAGAAGAACCCGAAGAGAAAAAAAAAACUCAAACAACUGUAAGAAACUCAAUUAAGUUACAUGAUAACAAUGAAGGAAGACUUCCUGAAAAUGAAUUUUCUAACGGUACGACUAACAAAAAAACUAAAAGAGUUUCUUUCAUCGGUAUUUCAAAUAAAUCCGUGGGGAAAAAAAAGAAAUCUAUUUCAAAAAAUCACUAUCUCAAGAAUGUGUCAAAUAUUAUUGAAAUAAAAGAAGAUAUCAUGAAAACUCAAGUAAAAUAUCACGUACCAAUGGAAAAAACAAGUAAAACAUUAGAUCAUACUAAACCAAACAAGAAUUCGAGUUUCGAAGUACAUAACCACAUGAAAAGUGCWSAWRAWMAAUUUGAACCAAAAACAAAUACGACCACUAAAAUUACAAUGAAAAAUAAAUGUGAAAAUUUAAACACAAAAAUGAAAACAGAAGAACUUGAUAAGAAACAAAGAACUGAAACAAUUGUAAAACGCUCACUGAAGUUACCAGAUACAAAUGAAGGGAGGCUUCCUGAAAAUGCA